CACCCCUGCCGUGGUGCCCUCAAAGCACCCCUGCCGUGGUGCCCUCAAAGCACCCCUGCCGUGGUGCCCUCAAAGCACCCCUGCCGUGGUGCCCUCAAAGCACCCCUGCCGUGGUGCCCUCAAAGCACCCCUGCCGUGGUGCCCUCAAAGCACCCCUGCCGUGGUGCCCUCAAAGCACCCCUGCCGUGGUGCCCUCAAAGCACCCCUGCCGUGGUGCCCUCAAAGCACCCCUGCCGUGGUGCCCUCAAAGCACCCCUGCCGUGGUGCCCUCAAAGCACCCCUGCCGUGGUGCCCUCAAAGCACCCCUGCCGUGGUGCCCUCAAAGCACCCCUGCCGUGGUGCCCUCAAAGCACCCCUGCCGUGGUGCCCUCAAAGCACCCCUGCCGUGGUGCCCUCAAAGCACCCCUGCCGUGGUGCCCUCAAAGCACCCCUGCCGUGGUGCCCUCAAAGCACCCCUGCCGUGGUGCCCUCAAAGCACCCUGCCGUGGUGCCCUCGUGGUGCCCUCAAAGCACCCCUGCCGUGGUGCCCUCAAAGCACCCCUGCCGUGGUGCCCUCAAAGCACCCCUGCCGUGGUGCCCUCAAAGCACCCCUGCCGUGGUGCCCUCAAAGCACCCUGCCGUGGUGCCCUCAAAGCACCCCUGCCGUGGUGCCCUCAAACGGGCCAACCCCUGCCGUGGUGCCCUCAAAGCACCCCUGCCGUGGUGCCCUCCAAGCACCCCUGCCGUGUGCACCCCUGCCGUGGUGCCCUCAAAGCACCCCUGCCGUGGUGCCCUCAAAGCACCCCUGCCGUGGUGCCCUCAAAGCACCCCUGCCGUGGUGCCCUCAAAGCACCCCUGCCGUGGUGCCCCUCAAAGCACCCCUGCCGUGGUGCCCUCAAAGCACCCCUGCCGUGGUGCCCUCAAAGCACCCCUGCCGUGGUGCCCUCAAAGCACCCCUGCCGUGGUGCCCUCAAAGCACCCCUGCCGUGGUGCCCUCAAAGCACCCCUGCCGUGGUGCCCUCAAAGCACCCCUGCCGUGGUGCCCUCAAAGCACCCCUGCCGUGGUGCCCUCAAAGCACCCCUGCCGUGGUGCCCUCAAAGCACCCCUGCCGUGGUGCCCUCAAAGCACCCCUGCCGUGGUGCCCUCAAAGCACCCCUGCCGUGGUGCCCUCAAAGCACCCCUGCCGUGGUGCCCUCAAAGCACCCCUGCCGUGGUGCCCUCAAAGCACCCCUGCCGUGGUGCCCUCAAAGCACCCCUGCCGUGGUGCCCUCAAAGCACCCCUGCCGUGGUGCCCUCAAAGCACCCCUGCCGUGGUGCCCUCAAAGCACCCCUGCCGUGGUGCCCUCAAAGCACCCCUGCCGUGGUGCCCUCAAAGCACCCCUGCCGUGGUGCCCUCAAAGCACCCCUGCCGUGGUGCCCUCAAAGCACCCCUGCCGUGGUGCCCUCAAAGCACCCCUGCCGUGGUGCCCUCAAAGCACCCCUGCCGUGGUGCCCUCAAAGCACCCCUGCCGUGGUGCCCUCAAAGCACCCCUGCCGUGGUGCCCUCAAAGCACCCCUGCCGUGGUGCCCUCAAAGCACCCCUGCCGUGGUGCCCUCAAAGCACCCCUGCCGUGGUGCCCUCAAAGCACCCCUGCCGUGGUGCCCUCAAAGCACCCCUGCCGUGGUGCCCUCAAAGCACCCCUGCCGUGGUGCCCUCAAAGCACCCCUGCCGUGGUGCCCUCAAAGCACCCCUGCCGUGGUGCCCUCAAAGCACCCCUGCCGUGGUGCCCUCAAAGCACCCCUGCCGUGGUGCCCUCAAAGCACCCCUGCCGUGGUGCCCUCAAAGCACCCCUGCCGUGGUGCCCUCAAAGCACCCCUGCCGUGGUGCCCUCAAAGCACCCCUGCCGUGGUGCCCUCAAAGCACCCCUGCCGUGGUGCCCUCAAAGCACCCCUGCCGUGGUGCCCUCAAAGCACCCCUGCCGUGGUGCCCUCAAAGCACCCCUGCCGUGGUGCCCUCAAAGCACCCUGCCGUGGUGCCCUCAAAGCACCCCUGCCGUGGUGCCCUCAAAGCACCCCUGCCGUGGUGCCCUCAAAGCACCCCUGCCGUGGUGCCCUCAAAGCACCCCUGCCGUGGUGCCCUCAAAGCACCCCUGCCGUGGUGCCCUCAAAGCACCCCUGCCGUGGUGCCCUCAAAGCACCCCUGCCGUGGUGCCCUCAAAGCACCCCUGCCGUGGUGCCCUCAAAGCACCCCUGCCGUGGUGCCCUCAAAGCACCCCUGCCGUGGUGCCCUCAAAGCACCCCUGCCGUGGUGCCCUCAAAGCACCCCUGCCGUGGUGCCCUCAAAGCACCCCUGCCGUGGUGCCCUCAAAGCACCCCUGCCGUGGUGCCCUCAAAGCACCCCUGCCGUGGUGCCCUCAAAGCACCCCUGCCGUGGUGCCCUCAAAGCACCCCUGCCGUGGUGCCCUCAAAGCACCCCUGCCGUGGUGCCCUCAAAGCACCCCUGCCGUGGUGCCCUCAAAGCACCCCUGCCGUGGUGCCCUCAAAGCACCCCUGCCGUGGUGCCCUCAAAGCACCCCUGCCGUGGUGCCCUCAAAGCACCCCUGCCGUGGUGCCCUCAAAGCACCCCUGCCGUGGUGCCCUCAAAGCACCCCUGCCGUGGUGCCCUCAAAGCACCCCUGCCGUGGUGCCCUCAAAGCACCCCUGCCGUGGUGCCCUCAAAGCACCCCUGCCGUGGUGCCCUCAAAGCACCCCUGCCGUGGUGCCCUCAAAGCACCCCUGCCGUGGUGCCCUCAAAGCACCCCUGCCGUGGUGCCCUCAAAGCACCCCUGCCGUGGUGCCCUCAAAGCACCCCUGCCGUGGUGCCCUCAAAGCACCCCUGCCGUGGUGCCCUCAAAGCACCCCUGCCGUGGUGCCCUCAAAGCACCCCUGCCGUGGUGCCCUCAAAGCACCCCUGCCGUGGUGCCCUCAAAGCACCCCUGCCGUGGUGCCCUCAAAGCACCCCUGCCGUGGUGCCCUCAAAGCACCCCUGCCGUGGUGCCCUCAAAGCACCCCUGCCGUGGUGCCCUCAAAGCACCCCUGCCGUGGUGCCCUCAAAGCACCCCUGCCGUGGUGCCCUCAAAGCACCCCUGCCGUGGUGCCCUCAAAGCACCCCUGCCGUGGUGCCCUCAAAGCACCCCUGCCGUGGUGCCCCUCAAAGCACCCCUGCCGUGGUGCCCUCAAAGCACCCCUGCCGUGGUGCCCUCAAAGCACCCCUGCCGUGGUGCCCUCAAAGCAACCCCUGCCGUGGUGCCCUCAAGCAUGCACCCUGCCGUGGUGCCCUCAAAGCACCCCUGCCGUGGUGCCCUCAAAGCACCCCUGCCGUGGUGCCCUCAAAGCACCCCUGCCGUGGGUGCCCUCAAAGCCCCCUGCCGUGGUGCCCUCCAAGCACCCCUGCCGUGGUGCCCUCAAAGCACCCCUGCCGUGGUGCCCUCAAAGCACCCCUGCCGUGGUGCCCUCAAAGCACCCCUGCCGUGGUGCCCUCAAAGCACCCCUGCCGUGGUGCCCUCAAAGCACCCCUGCCGUGGUGCCCUCAAAGCACCCCUGCCGUGGUGCCCUCAAAGCACCCCUGCCGUGGUGCCCUCAAAGCACCCCCUGCCGUGGUGCCCUCAAAGCACCCCUGCCGUGGUGCCCUCAAAGCACCCCUGCCGUGGUGCCCUCAAAGCACCCCUGCCGUGGUGCCCUCAAAGCACCCCUGCCGUGGUGCCCUCAAAGCACCCCUGCCGUGGUGCCCUCAAAGCACCCCUGCCGUGGUGCCCUCAAAGCACCCCUGCCGUGGUGCCCUCAAAGCACCCCUGCCGUGGUGCCCUCAAAGCACCCCUGCCGUGGUGCCCUCAAAGCACCCCUGCCGUGGUGCCCUCAAAGCACCCCUGCCGUGGUGCCCUCAAAGCACCCCUGCCGUGGUGCCCUCAAAGCACCCCUGCCGUGGUGCCCUCAAAGCACCCCUGCCGUGGUGCCCUCAAAGCACCCCUGCCGUGGUGCCCUCAAAGCACCCCUGCCGUGGUGCCCUCAAAGCACCCCUGCCGUGGUGCCCUCAAAGCACCCCUGCCGUGGUGCCCUCAAAGCACCCCUGCCGUGGUGCCCUCAAAGCACCCCUGCCGUGGUGCCCUCAAAGCACCCCUGCCGUGGUGCCCUCAAAGCACCCCUGCCGUGGUGCCCUCAAAGCACCCCUGCCGUGGUGCCCUCAAAGCACCCCUGCCGUGGUGCCCUCAAAGCACCCCUGCCGUGGUGCCCUCAAAGCACCCCUGCCGUGGUGCCCUCAAAGCACCCCUGCCGUGGUGCCCUCAAAGCACCCCUGCCGUGGUGCCCUCAAAGCACCCCUGCCGUGGUGCCCUCAAAGCACCCCUGCCGUGGUGCCCUCAAAGCACCCCUGCCGUGGUGCCCUCAAAGCACCCCUGCCGUGGUGCCCUCAAAGCACCCCUGCCGUGGUGCCCUCAAAGCACCCCUGCCGUGGUGCCCUCAAAGCACCCCUGACCGUGGUGCCCUCAAAGCACCCCUGCCGUGGUGCCCUCAAAGCACCCCUGCCGUGGUGCCCUCAAAGCACCCCUGCCGUGGUGCCCUCAAAGCACCCCUGCCGUGGUGCCCUCAAAGCACCCCUGCCGUGGUGCCCUCAAAGCACCCCUGCCGUGGUGCCCUCAAAGCACCCCUGCCGUGGUGCCCUCAAAGCACCCCUGCCGUGGUGCCCUCAAAGCACCCCUGCCGUGGUGCCCUCAAAGCACCCCUGCCGUGGUGCCCUCAAAGCACCCCUGCCGUGGUGCCCUCAAAGCACCCCUGCCGUGGUGCCCUCAAAGCACCCCUGCCGUGGUGCCCUCAAAGCACCCCUGCCGUGGUGCCCUCAAAGCACCCCUGCCGUGGUGCCCUCAAAGCACCCCUGCCGUGGUGCCCUCAAAGCACCCCUGCCGUGGUGCCCUCAAGCACCCCUGCCGUGGUGCCCUCAAAGCACCCCUGCCGUGGUGCCCUCAAAGCACCCCUGCCGUGGUGCCCUCAAAGCACCCCUGCCGUGGUGCCCUCAAAGCACCCCUGCCGUGGUGCCCUCAAAGCACCCCUGCCGUGGUGCCCUCAAAGCACCCCUGCCGUGGUGCCCUCAAAGCACCCCUGCCGUGGUGCCCUCAAAGCACCCCUGCCGUGGUGCCCUCAAAGCACCCCUGCCGUGGUGCCCUCAAAGCACCCCUGCCGUGGUGCCCUCAAAGCACCCCUGCCGUGGUGCCCUCAAAGCACCCCUGCCGUGGUGCCCUCAAAGCACCCCUGCCGUGGUGCCCUCAAAGCACCCCUGCCGUGGUGCCCUCAAAGCACCCCUGCCGUGGUGCCCUCAAAGCACCCCUGCCGUGGUGCCCUCAAAGCACCCCUGCCGUGGUGCCCUCAAAGCACCCCUGCCGUGGUGCCCUCAAAGCACCCCUGGCAAGCACCCCUGCCGUGGUGCCCUCAAAGCACCCCUGCCGUGGUGCCCUCAAAGCACCCCUGCCGUGGUGCCCUCAAAGCACCCCUGCCGUGGUGCCCCUCAAAGCACCCCUGCCGUGGUGCCCUCAAAGCACCCCUGCCGUGGUGCCCUCAAAGCACCCCUGCCGUGGUGCCCUCAAAGCACCCCUGCCGUGGUGCCCUCAAAGCACCCCUGCCGUGGUGCCCUCAAAGCACCCCUGCCGUGGUGCCCUCAAAGCACCCCUGCCGUGGUGCCCUCAAAGCACCCCUGCCGUGGUGCCCUCAAAGCACCCCUGCCGUGGUGCCCUCAAAGCACCCCUGCCGUGGUGCCCUCAAAGCACCCCUGCCGUGGUGCCCUCAAAGCACCCCUGCCGUGGUGCCCUCAAAGCACCCCUGCCGUGGUGCCCUCAAAGCACCCCUGCCGUGGUGCCCUCAAAGCACCCCUGCCGUGGUGCCCUCAAAGCACCCCUGCCGUGGUGCCCUCAAAGCACCCCUGCCGUGGUGCCCUCAAAGCACCCCUGCCGUGGUGCCCUCAAAGCACCCCUGCCGUGGUGCCCUCAAAGCACCCCUGCCGUGGUGCCCUCAAAGCACCCCUGCCGUGGUGCCCUCAAAGCACCCCUGCCGUGGUGCCCUCAAAGCACCCCUGCCGUGGUGCCCUCAAAGCACCCCUGCCGUGGUGCCCUCAAAGCACCCCUGCCGUGGUGCCCUCAAAGCACCCCUGCCGUGGUGCCCUCAAAGCACCCCUGCCGUGGUGCCCUCAAAGCACCCCUGCCGUGGUGCCCUCAAAGCACCCCUGCCGUGGUGCCCUCAAAGCACCCCUGCCGUGGUGCCCUCAAAGCACCCCUGCCGUGGUGCCCUCAAAGCACCCCUGCCGUGGUGCCCUCAAAGCACCCCUGCCGUGGUGCCCUCAAAGCACCCCUGCCGUGGUGCCCUCAAAGCACCCCUGCCGUGGUGCCCUCAAAGCACCCCUGCCGUGGUGCCCUCAAAGCACCCCUGCCGUGGUGCCCUCAAAGCACCCCUGCCGUGGUGCCCUCAAAGCACCCCUGCCGUGGUGCCCUCAAAGCACCCCUGCCGUGGUGCCCUCAAAGCACCCCUGCCGUGGUGCCCUCAAAGCACCCCUGCCGUGGUGCCCUCAAAGCACCCCUGCCGUGGUGCCCUCAAAGCACCCCUGCCGUGGUGCCCUCAAAGCACCCCUGCCGUGGUGCCCUCAAAGCACCCCUGCCGUGGUGCCCUCAAAGCACCCCUGCCGUGGUGCCCUCAAAGCACCCCUGCCGUGGUGCCCUCAAAGCACCCCUGCCGUGGUGCCCUCAAAGCACCCCUGCCGUGGUGCCCUCAAAGCACCCCUGCCGUGGUGCCCUCAAAGCACCCCUGCCGUGGUGCCCUCAAAGCACCCCUGCCGUGGUGCCCUCAAAGCACCCCUGCCGUGGUGCCCUCAAAGCACCCCUGCCGUGGUGCCCUCAAAGCACCCCUGCCGUGGUGCCCUCAAAGCACCCCUGCCGUGGUGCCCUCAAAGCACCCCUGCCGUGGUGCCCUCAAAGCACCCCUGCCGUGGUGCCCUCAAAGCACCCCUGCCGUGGUGCCCUCAAAGCACCCCUGCCGUGGUGCCCUCAAAGCACCCCUGCCGUGGUGCCCUCAAAGCACCCCUGCCGUGGUGCCCUCAAAGCACCCCUGCCGUGGUGCCCUCAAAGCACCCCUGCCGUGGUGCCCUCAAAGCACCCCUGCCGUGGUGCCCUCAAAGCACCCCUGCCGUGGUGCCCUCAAAGCACCCCUGCCGUGGUGCCCUCAAAGCACCCCUGCCGUGGUGCCCUCAAAGCACCCCUGCCGUGGUGCCCUCAAAGCACCCCUGCCGUGGUGCCCUCAAAGCACCCCUGCCGUGGUGCCCUCAAAGCACCCCUGCCGUGGUGCCCUCAAAGCACCCCUGCCGUGGUGCCCUCAAAGCACCCCUGCCGUGGUGCCCUCAAAGCACCCCUGCCGUGGUGCCCUCAAAGCACCCCUGCCGUGGUGCCCUCAAAGCACCCCUGCCGUGGUGCCCUCAAAGCACCCCUGCCGUGGUGCCCUCAAAGCACCCCUGCCGUGGUGCCCUCAAAGCACCCCUGCCGUGGUGCCCUCAAAGCACCCCUGCCGUGGUGCCCUCAAAGCACCCCUGCCGUGGUGCCCUCAAAGCACCCCUGCCGUGGUGCCCUCAAAGCACCCCUGCCGUGGUGCCCUCAAAGCACCCCUGCCGUGGUGCCCUCAAAGCACCCCUGCCGUGGUGCCCUCAAAGCACCCCUGCCGUGGUGCCUCAAAGCACCCCUGCCGUGGUGCCCUCAAAGCACCCCUGCCGUGGUGCCCUCAAAGCACCCCUGCCGUGGUGCCCUCAAAGCACCCCUGCCGUGGUGCCCUCAAAGCACCCCUGCCGUGGUGCCCUCAAAGCACCCCUGCCGUGGUGCCCUCAAAGCACCCCUGCCGUGGUGCCCUCAAAGCACCCCUGCCGUGGUGCCCUCAAAGCACCCCUGCCGUGGUGCCCUCAAAGCACCCCUGCCGUGGUGCCCUCAAAGCACCCCUGCCGUGGUGCCCUCAAAGCACCCCUGCCGUGGUGCCCUCAAAGCACCCCUGCCGUGGUGCCCUCAAAGCACCCCUGCCGUGGUGCCCUCAAAGCACCCCUGCCGUGGUGCCCUCAAAGCACCCCUGCCGUGGUGCCCUCAAAGCACCCCUGCCGUGGUGCCCUCAAAGCACCCCUGCCGUGGUGCCCUCAAAGCACCCCUGCCGUGGUGCCCUCAAAGCACCCCUGCCGUGGUGCCCUCAAAGCACCCCUGCCGUGGUGCCCUCAAAGCACCCCUGCCGUGGUGCCCUCAAAGCACCCCUGCCGUGGUGCCCUCAAAGCACCCUGCCGUGGUGCCCUCAAAGCACCCCUGCCGUGGUGCCCUCAAAGCACCCCUGCCGUGGUGCCCUCAAAGCACCCCUGCCGUGGUGCCCUCAAAGCACCCCUGCCGUGGUGCCCUCAAAGCACCCCUGCCGUGGUGCCCUCAAAGCACCCCUGCCGUGGUGCCCUCAAAGCACCCCUGCCGUGGUGCCCUCAAAGCACCCCUGCCGUGGUGCCCUCAAAGCACCCCUGCCGUGGUGCCCUCAAAGCACCCCUGCCGUGGUGCCCUCAAAGCACCCCUGCCGUUGGUGCCCCUCAAAGCACCCCUGCCGUGGUGCCCUCAAAGCACCCCUGCCGUGGUGCCCUCAAAGCACCCCUGCCGUGGUGCCCUCAAAGCACCCCUGCCGUGGUGCCCUCAAAGCACCCCUGCCGUGGUGCCCUCAAAGCACCCCUGCCGUGGUGCCCUCAAAGCACCCCUGCCGUGGUGCCCUCAAAGCACCCCUGCCGUGGUGCCCUCAAAGCACCCCUGCCGUGGUGCCCUCAAAGCACCCCUGCCGUGGUGCCCUCAAAGCACCCCUGCCGUGGUGCCCUCAAAGCACCCCUGCCGUGGUGCCCUCAAAGCACCCCUGCCGUGGUGCCCUCAAAGCACCCCUGCCGUGGUGCCCUCAAAGCACCCCUGCCGUGGUGCCCUCAAAGCACCCCUGCCGUGGUGCCCUCAAAGCACCCCUGCCGUGGUGCCCUCAAAGCACCCCUGCCGUGGUGCCCUCAAAGCACCCCUGCCGUGGUGCCCUCAAAGCACCCCUGCCGUGGUGCCCUCAAAGCACCCCUGCCGUGGUGCCCUCAAAGCACCCCUGCCGUGGUGCCCUCAAAGCACCCCUGCCGUGGUGCCCUCAAAGCACCCCUGCCGUGGUGCCCUCAAAGCACCCCUGCCGUGGUGCCCUCAAAGCACCCCUGCCGUGGUGCCCUCAAAGCACCCCUGCCGUGGUGCCCUCAAAGCACCCCUGCCGUGGUGCCCUCAAAGCACCCCUGCCGUGGUGCCCUCAAAGCACCCCUGCCGUGGUGCCCUCAAAGCACCCCUGCCGUGGUGCCCUCAAAGCACCCCUGCCGUGGUGCCCUCAAAGCACCCCUGCCGUGGUGCCCUCAAAGCACCCCUGCCGUGGUGCCCUCAAAGCACCCCUGCCGUGGUGCCCUCAAAGCACCCCUGCCGUGGUGCCCUCAAAGCACCCCUGCCGUGGUGCCCUCAAAGCACCCCUGCCGUGGUGCCCUCAAAGCACCCCUGCCGUGGUGCCCUCAAAGCACCCCUGCCGUGGUGCCCUCAAAGCACCCCUGCCGUGGUGCCCUCAAAGCACCCCUGCCGUGGUGCCCUCAAAGCACCCCUGCCGUGGUGCCCUCAAAGCACCCCUGCCGUGGUGCCCUCAAAGCACCCCUGCCGUGGUGCCCUCAAAGCACCCCUGCCGUGGUGCCCUCAAAGCACCCCUGCCGUGGUGCCCUCAAAGCACCCCUGCCGUGGUGCCCUCAAAGCACCCCUGCCGUGGUGCCCUCAAAGCACCCCUGCCGUGGUGCCCUCAAAGCACCCCUGCCGUGGUGCCCUCAAAGCACCCCUGCCGUGGUGCCCUCAAAGCACCCCUGCCGUGGUGCCCUCAAAGCACCCCUGCCGUGGUGCCCUCAAAGCACCCCUGCCGUGGUGCCCUCAAAGCACCCCUGCCGUGGUGCCCUCAAAGCACCCCUGCCGUGGUGCCCUCAAAGCACCCCUGCCGUGGUGCCCUCAAAGCACCCCUGCCGUGGUGCCCUCAAAGCACCCCUGCCGUGGUGCCCUCAAAGCACCCCUGCCGUGGUGCCCUCAAAGCACCCCUGCCGUGGUGCCCUCAAAGCACCCCUGCCGUGGUGCCCUCAAAGCACCCCUGCCGUGGUGCCCUCAAAGCACCCCUGCCGUGGUGCCCUCAAAGCACCCCUGCCGUGGUGCCCUCAAAGCACCCCUGCCGUGGUGCCCUCAAAGCACCCCUGCCGUGGUGCCCUCAAAGCACCCCUGCCGUGGUGCCCUCAAAGCACCCCUGCCGUGGUGCCCUCAAAGCACCCCUGCCGUGGUGCCCUCAAAGCACCCCUGCCGUGGUGCCCUCAAAGCACCCCUGCCGUGGUGCCCUCAAAGCACCCCUGCCGUGGUGCCCUCAAAGCACCCCUGCCGUGGUGCCCUCAAAGCACCCCUGCCGUGGUGCCCUCAAAGCACCCCUGCCGUGGUGCCCUCAAAGCACCCCUGCCGUGGUGCCCUCAAAGCACCCCUGCCGUGGUGCCCUCAAAGCACCCCUGCCGUGGUGCCCUCAAAGCACCCCUGCCGUGGUGCCCUCAAAGCACCCCUGCCGUGGUGCCCUCAAAGCACCCCUGCCGUUGGUGCCCUCAAAGCACCCCUGCCGUGGUGCCCUCAAAGCACCCCUGCCGUGGUGCCCUCAAAGCACCCCUGCCGUGGUGCCCUCAAAGCACCCCUGCCGUGGUGCCCUCAAAGCACCCCUGCCGUGGUGCCCUCAAAGCACCCCUGCCGUGGUGCCCUCAAAGCACCCCUGCCGUGGUGCCCUCAAAGCACCCCUGCCGUGGUGCCCUCAAAGCACCCCCUGCCGUGGUGCCCUCAAAGCACCCCUGCCGUGGUGCCCUCAAAGCACCCCUGCCGUGGUGCCCUCAAAGCACCCCUGCCGUGGUGCCCUCAAAGCACCCCUGCCGUGGUGCCCCUCAAAGCAACCCCUGCCGUGGUGCCCUCAAAGCACCCCUGCCGUGGUGCCCUCAAAGCACCCCUGCCGUGGUGCCCUCAAAGCACCCCUGCCGUGGUGCCCUCAAAGCACCCCUGCCGUGGUGCCCUCAAAGCACCCCUGCCGUGGUGCCCUCAAAGCACCCCUGCCGUGGUGCCCUCAAAGCACCCCUGCCGUGGUGCCCUCAAAGCACCCCUGCCGUGGUGCCCUCAAAGCACCCCUGCCGUGGUGCCCCUCAAAGCACCCCUGCCGUGGUGCCCUCAAAGCACCCCUGCCGUGGUGCCCUCAAAGCACCCCUGCCGUGGUGCCCUCAAAGCACCCCUGCCGUGGUGCCCUCAAAGCACCCCUGCCGUGGUGCCCUCAAAGCACCCCUGCCGUGGUGCCCUCAAAGCACCCCUGCCGUGGUGCCCUCAAAGCACCCCUGCCGUGGUGCCCUCAAAGCACCCCUGCCGUGGUGCCCUCAAAGCACCCCUGCCGUGGUGCCCUCAAAGCACCCCUGCCGUGGUGCCCUCAAAGCACCCCUGCCGUGGUGCCCUCAAAGCACCCCUGCCGUGGUGCCCUCAAAGCACCCCUGCCGUGGUGCCCUCAAAGCACCCCUGCCGUGGUGCCCUCAAAGCACCCCUGCCGUGGUGCCCUCAAAGCACCCCUGCCGUGGUGCCCUCAAAGCACCCCUGCCGUGGUGCCCUCAAAGCACCCCUGCCGUGGUGCCCUCAAAGCACCCCUGCCGUGGUGCCCUCAAAGCACCCCUGCCGUGGUGCCCUCAAAGCACCCCUGCCGUGGUGCCCUCAAAGCACCCCUGCCGUGGUGCCCUCAAAGCACCCCUGCCGUGGUGCCCUCAAAGCACCCCUGCCGUGGUGCCCUCAAAGCACCCCUGCCGUGGUGCCCUCAAAGCACCCCUGCCGUGGUGCCCUCAAAGCACCCCUGCCGUGGUGCAAGCCCUGCCCUCAAAGCACCCCUGCCGUGGUGCCCUCAAAGCACCCCUGCCGUGGUGCCCUCAAAGCACCCCUGCCGUGGUGCCCUCAAAGCACCCCUGCCGUGGUGCCCUCAAAGCACCCCUGCCGUGGUGCCCUCAAAGCACCCCUGCCGUGGGUGCCCUCAAAGCACCCCUGCCGUGGUGCCCUCAAAGCACCCCUGCCGUGGUGCCCUCAAAGCACCCCUGCCGUGGUGCCCUCAAAGCACCCCUGCCGUGGUGCCCUCAAAGCACCCCUGCCGUGGUGCCCUCAAAGCACCCCUGCCGUGGUGCCCUCAAAGCACCCCUGCCGUGGUGCCCUCAAAGCACCCCUGCCGUGGUGCCCUCAAAGCACCCCUGCCGUGGUGCCCUCAAAGCACCCCUGCCGUGGUGCCCUCAAAGCACCCCUGCCGUGGUGCCCUCAAAGCACCCCUGCCGUGGUGCCCUCAAAGCACCCCUGCCGUGGUGCCCUCAAAGCACCCCUGCCGUGGUGCCCUCAAAGCACCCCUGCCGUGGUGCCCUCAAAGCACCCCUGCCGUGGUGCCCUCAAAGCACCCCUGCCGUGGUGCCCUCAAAGCACCCCUGCCGUGGUGCCCUCAAAGCACCCCUGCCGUGGUGCCCUCAAAGCACCCCUGCCGUGGUGCCCUCAAAGCACCCCUGCCGUGGUGCCCUCAAAGCACCCCUGCCGUGGUGCCCUCAAAGCACCCCUGCCGUGGUGCCCUCAAAGCACCCCUGCCGUGGUGCCCUCAAAGCACCCCUGCCGUGGUGCCCUCAAAGCACCCCUGCCGUGGUGCCCUCAAAGCACCCCUGCCGUGGUGCCCUCAAAGCACCCCUGCCGUGGUGCCCUCAAAGACACCCCUGCCGUGGUGCCCUCAAAGCACCCCUGCCGUGGUGCCCUCAAAGCACCCCUGCCGUGGUGCCCUCAAAGCACCCCUGCCGUGGUGCCCUCAAAGCACCCCUGCCGUGGUGCCCUCAAAGCACCCCUGCCGUGGUGCCCUCAAAGCACCCCUGCCGUGGUGCCCUCAAAGCACCCCUGCCGUGGUGCCCUCAAAGCACCCCUGCCGUGGUUGCCCUCAAAGCACCCCUGCCGUGGUGCCCUCAAAGCACCCCUGCCGUGGUGCCCUCAAAGCACCCCUGCCGUGGUGCCCUCAAAGCACCCCUGCCGUGGUGCCCUCAAAAGCACCCCCUGCCGUGGUGCCCUCAAAGCACCCCUGCCGUGGUGCCCUCAAAGCACCCCUGCCGUGGUGCCCUCAAAGCACCCCUGCCGUGGUGCCCUCAAAGCACCCCUGCCGUGGUGCCCUCAAAGCACCCCUGCCGUGGUGCCCUCAAAGCACCACCCUGCCGUGGUGCCCUCAAAGCACCCCUGCCGUGGUGCCCUCAAAGCACCCCUGCCGUGGUGCCCUCAAAGCACCCCUGCCGUGGUGCCCUCAAAGCACCCCUGCCGUGGUGCCCUCAAAGCACCCCUGCCGUGGUGCCCUCAAAGCACCCCUGCCGUGGUGCCCUCAAAGCACCCCUGCCGUGGUGCCCUCAAAGCACCCCUGCCGUGGUGCCCUCAAAGCACCCCUGCCGUGGUGCCCUCAAAGCACCCCUGCCGUGGUGCCCUCAAAGCACCCCUGCCGUGGUGCCCUCAAAGCACCCCUGCCGUGGUGCCCUCAAAGCACCCCUGCCCGUGGUGCCCUCAAAGCACCCCUGCCGUGGUGCCCUCAAAGCACCCCUGCCGUGGUGCCCUCAAAGCACCCCUGCCGUGGUGCCCUCAAAGCACCCCUGCCGUGGUGCCCUCAAAGCACCCCUGCCGUGGUGCCCUCAAAGCACCCCUGCCGUGGUGCCCUCAAAGCACCCCUGCCGUGGUGCCCUCAAAGCACCCCUGCCGUGGUGCCCUCAAAGCACCCCUGCCGUGGUGCCCUCAAAGCACCCCUGCCGUGGUGCCCUCAAAGCACCCCUGCCGUGGUGCCCUCAAAGCACCCCUGCCGUGGUGCCCUCAAAGCACCCCUGCCGUGGUGCCCUCAAAGCACCCCUGCCGUGGUGCCCUCAAAGCACCCCUGCCGUGGUGCCCUCAAAGCACCCCUGCCGUGGUGCCCUCAAAGCACCCCUGCCGUGGUGCCCUCAAAGCACCCCUGCCGUGGUGCCCUCAAAGCACCCCUGCCGUGGUGCCCUCAAAGCACCCCCUGCCGUGGUGCCCUCAAAGCACCCCUGCCGUGGUGCCCUCAAAGCACCCCUGCCGUGGUGCCCUCAAAGCACCCCUGCCGUGGUGCCCUCAAAGCACCCCUGCCGUGGUGCCCUCAAAGCACCCCUGCCGUGGUGCCCUCAAAGCACCCCUGCCGUGGUGCCCUCAAAGCAACCCCUGCCGUGGUGCCCUCAAAGCACCCCUGCCGUGGUGCCCUCAAAGCACCCCUGCCGUGGUGCCCUCAAAGCACCCCUGCCGUGGUGCCCUCAAAGCACCCCCUGCCGUGGUGCCCUCAAAGCACCCCUGCCGUGGUGCCCUCAAAGCACCCUGCCGUGGUGCCCUCAAAGCACCCCUGCCGUGGUGCCCUCAAAGCACCCCCUGCCGUGGUGCCCUCAAAGCACCCCCUGCCGUGGUGCCCUCAAAGCACCCCUGCCGUGGUGCCCUCAAAGCACCCCUGCCGUGGUGCCCUCAAAGCACCCCUGCCGUGGUGCCCUCAAAGCACCCCUGCCGUGUGCCCUCAAAGCACCCCUGCCGUGGUGCCCUCAAAGCACCCCUGCCGUGGUGCCCUCAAAGCACCCCUGCCGUGGUGCCCUCAAAGCACCCCUGCCGUGGUGCCCUCAAAGCACCCCUGCCGUGGUGCCCUCAAAGCACCCCUGCCGUGGUGCCCUCAAAGCACCCCUGCCGUGGUGCCCUCAAAGCACCCCUGCCGUGGUGCCCUCAAAGCACCCCUGCCGUGGUGCCCUCAAAGCACCCCUGCCGUGGUGCCCUCAAAGCACCCCUGCCGUGGUGCCCUCAAAGCACCCCUGCCGUGGUGCCCUCAAAGCACCCCUGCCGUGGUGCCCUCAAGCACCCCUGCCGUGGUGCCCUCAAAGCACCCCUGCCGUGGUGCCCUCAAAGCACCCCUGCCGUGGUGCCCUCAAAGCACCCCUGCCGUGGUGCCCUCAAAGCACCCCUGCCGUGGUGCCCUCAAAGCACCCCUGCCGUGGUGCCCUCAAAGCACCCCUGCCGUGGUGCCCUCAAAGCACCCCUGCCGUGGUGCCCUCAAAGCACCCCUGCCGUGGUGCCCUCAAAGCACCCCUGCCGUGGUGCCCUCAAAGCACCCCUGCCGUGGUGCCCUCAAAGCACCCCUGCCGUGGUGCCCUCAAAGCACCCCUGCCGUGGUGCCCUCAAAGCACCCCCCCACAGCCCUCAUCUCAUGUCACUCGUCCUCACUCCUGUAUCCCCUGA